AUGCCUCCUAAAAAAGAUGGGAAGCGAAAUGCAGAUAAGAAAAGCGCUCCGGAUGAUGCCUUAUCCGAGGGUGGGAAAGAAUUCUACCGGGUUCAAAUCCGAGACUUAGAAGAGCGCCUGGAAAAGUAUCAGAACAAAUGUGAUGAGCUGGAGGUUCGUCAGAAGGAUUUUUCUACAAAUUAUAAUAAUAUAGUGAGAGAGAAGAAAGAUAUAGCGCUCUAUCUGAAGCGCACCUUGUCCGAAAAAGAGGAUGAGAUCGCUGAUCUCUUAGAGAAGCUUCAGGAGAUACAAGCAGCCAAAGAUGCAGAGAAGGAGGCAUUUGACAGGCAAUUGAGUGUGCUUCGGAGUGACUUUCAGGAGACCAAGGACAAACUCACUUCUGAGAACAUGGUCCUAGCGGGAAAACUUGCAGCGCUCAAGGAUUUCCAGACGCAAAAGGAUGAACUUAUGGGUCAGAUGGAGUCUCUGAAAGGACAAUUAGAGCAGGAGAAGCAAGAGCACCGAAGUAUCAUCUACAACCUGGAGAAAAAAGCUGUACUAGACAACUACAGACUGAAGAAAGAGAUGCAGCAGCAUGUAGCUGCUGUCGCUACUGAAUUUCGCAAAGCCUCUGAUCAAAAGAUGCCAGAGACGACGAAGAGGGCCAUCCGUGAGAAUGUGUUAGUGACGACCCGACUCAGGCAGAUUUCAGACAAGAGCAAAGAGCUGAUGGCAGAGAAUGAUGCUCUGAACGCCAGAGAGAAACAACUCAAAAGAGAACUGGAGAUCAUGGAGCCGUUAUUGAACGAGAUGACCAGGAAAAGUCUGGCGAAUCAAAAGGUGGUGCAGCAACUGACAAGGAAGUGCAAGCAAAUGCACGCUGAACUUGAGGACUAUGCCAGGCAUAAAGAAGAACACCAAAAGUUGGUGAACAGUCAUGCUACACUACAGAAAGAGCAUGAUACCCUCAGACAGGAUCAUCAGUCAGCUGUGGACAAUCUCAACCAAAAACAAGUAGAGGCUGCAAGACUGAAAACAGAGCUUCAGGAGGAGCGAACACGGCGAGGAUGGGUUGAGACAGUCCUGCAAGAGGCGGCUAUGGCUUUAAAGGAAGCAUUGAGGGAGGUGCUUAAAGAAGAGGACUCAGAAGUGCAGACCCUCACCUGGAGACAUCAGAUGAUGCAGAGACUUCUGUCCGUAUUGGACAGUGCUGCAGCCAUCAGCAAAGGCCCUGCUCCGUCUCACUUCAUCCCGAUGACAGAAGGAUCUCAUGAAUUUAUAACAGCAGCAGGCAUGGAGAGAUUGGGCAUAUCUGCCUCACAGAAGGUUACGUCUCACUUCAAGCCUGGAGACCUGGGGUUUGUCCAGCAGCAAGCACACACAGGCAACUCCGUUACAUCCAAGAGACAACACCUCUCCAAAAGUCUGGAAAGGAAACAGAGAAGCCAAAAAGGGAAUGAUACUUCAAAAGCCCUUAGCUGAGAAGGACACACGUCCCCUGCAGCCUGAAUCUGUCAGAGGAAGUCAAGCAACAUUUUAAACCAAGAAAAGGAACUCUCGAUUGACAACGCCAUCCACGUAUAGCUGUGUGAGGAGGGUAUGAAGGAGAAAAACACAGAUACUGACUCUACAGACUGAUCAAACAAUUAUGUCAUUACAUUUUCUACCUCUACAU